AUGUCGCCACCAGCCAAACUGGAUCUGGGGGUCGACCUCUUCGACGACGACGACCAAAAAUAUUUUUGGGCUGUUUGCGACAUUGAACGCGAAACCUCACACAAGGUGCUGUUGGCCAAGCCGAGCCAUUGUUCUAUCAAAAACCCACGUUUCAUUCUUGCCAAUCCCAGGUUUCGCAAUGUCGCCACCAGCCAAACUGGAUCUGGGGGUCGACCUCUUCGACGACGACGACCAAAAAAUAUUUUUUGGGCUGUUUGCGACAUUGAACGCGAAACUUUCACACAAGGUGCUGUUGGCCAAGCCGAGCCCAUUGUUCUAUCAAAAACCCCACGUUUCAUUGUAAAGUUUGGAGAUACAGGCACCUUUAUGUUUUGUUCAUGCAUUUCUACAAGAGGUGCCCCGACCUAUUUAAUUUCCACUUCUUCCACUCCUAGCGUAUUGCCUUUUCCUCUCAUUCUCAACUGUUGGCCCAUUCAAGUACAGCUACCACCAACGAACGAUUGUCCUGCUUCAACCCACAAUGUCAAUCCUACGAUUGUCUUGAUUCGAUUGUCUUUGACUGAAUGGCAAGUCCAUGGCCUGUGCACAGCCUUCUUGCCACUCUUCUACAACACACGAGUCUCUUGA